GAGUUUGUCAAAAGAAUCGAUAAGGAAUUGGUUGAAAUUAAUAGAGUCUUAGCUAUAAAACAUGAUCGAAUUGAGACUGAAAAAGAUAAGAAAAAAUUUAAUAAAGCAGAUAUUUGUUGGAUUUGUAAAGAAAAAUUCGUUAUAAAUGAAGAUAAAGUUAAAAGCUUAGAAAAUAAGGUAUCAUGGCUUAAUAAAAAGUUAGAAGAUACCUCAGAGAAUUCAGAAGAUUAUAAGACCUUAACAAAACAAAUUGACAAAAUAACUAAAGAUAUUAAUCAUACAAAAUCUAUGGAUAUAAAGGUUUGGGAUCACUGUCAUAUUACAGGCUAUGAUUCUCACUUGAUAUGUGAAUCUGUUGAAAAAUCAGUUAAUGCACAUCAAAUUACAGUUAUAGCUGAAAUAUUUGAGCAAUACAAGUCUAUGAAGAAUUUAGGUACCAACCAUCCUAUUACAAGCCAAUACUUUAAAGACUAUUCUUCAGAUCAAAUUUCACUAGCAAGUCGUAAAGGAGUUUAUCCUUAUGAGUAUUUCGAUUCACAAGAUAGGUUUAAAGAAACAGAACUUCCUCCUAUUUAUGAAUUCUUUAGUACUCUUAAAGGUGAGUACCAUGACCUCUAUCUUAAAAUCGAUCUUGAUCCUAGUCAUUAUGUUUCAGCACCAGCACUAUCUUGGAAUGCUAUGCUUAAGAAAACAGGUGUUGAGAUUGAGCUAUUUACAGAUAUAUCAAUGCAUGAUUUUAUAGAAGAGGAUAAGUGUAGAGGAAUAUCUAUAGCUUGUAAGCGUUAUUUCAAAGCAAAUAAUUCAAAAAUAGGCAAGGCAUUUAAUCUAUCCAAGCCUACAACAUGA